CUAAAAUGAACGGGUGGAUCUUUUUCGCAAUCGCAACUGUUACAGUUUGGCGCUGUUCAAGUAGAGUGUUGCCAGGGAAACUGAACAACGUUUAUGCCUGCUAUGGAGCUUCGGGGGCCACCAGUUUUCUUAGUCCCACUUGUGCUGACGAUGAGCGGAUGGUGGUUGAAAACAUAUAUGCUCUGACCAAGCCAGUCGACAAGAACUGCCCCAGUGCAAUGACGACUGGCGUCGACCGGGCAGACUGCUGUAUUUACGAAGACGGCGACUGCGUGGAACAAUAUGAUGGCGAAGUCAGGAUCUCGUACUUCGAGAGUUUCACAGGAACACAACAGUUCAGCAAAUCGAGUGUCAAUCAGAGAACUUCAGAAUUGUGUCUUUCCGGUAACGUGUCUAUGAUGGACUUCAGCAACUACAUGCUAAUGACGUUUUACUGCAUUAAUGAAACGCUGACUGCAAGUUUUAACGAUAACGAACCAGUAACAGCACCAGUCGUGUAUUGGCGCAAUACAGAAUACCCGGAUGUGAUAUCCAACUUAACGUCUUCGAUCACUUGUUCGGCGUCGACAUCUUGCGACAGCAGCAUCCUCAUCACGGCUAUAGACCUGUCACUACACAACGACUCCACAGGAUGUGUGCAGUCAUUAGACGUGGUCGACGGCAACACCGUGAAGACCUUCACGUGCACCGAUAACAACCAGUACGACAUCAAGACAAUAUUCAUCAGUUCAUCGCACUUCAUAAAAGUGACAUUUAGAACUGGUGGGCAAGCAAAUGGUGGAAAGCUGUGGAUUCAGUUUAAUGCCACCGAAUCCGAGGCUGUGUUAACUCUAGCAUGUGGCGCUAGCGCUCUGACGACGGCGUCGCUAGUAGAUUCCUGUGACACUACUGGAACAUCAAAGACUACCACGACUACAACAGCAUCAUUGGACAAUACCUCAAAAUCCAGCGACGAAGACGCAGCAAUUCCAUGUAAUUUUUAG